AUGGCGACAGUUACCCAGAUGGCCGUGCCAACUGCGGCUCUUCUAUGGCUUCUCAGCUGGCGAUUGCCGCAUCACACGCUGGAACUGGUCACCGCCGCUGCUCUGGCAGCGUUUGCAGUGUUCGUGUCGUACUGGACACUGUGGCACGUACGAAGACGCUUCCUCAACGCAUCUGUCGAAGCACGAGGAAAGAGCGUUCUCAUUACAGGCUGUGAUACCGGCCUUGGCCACAUCUUGGCUAAGCAGUUGGCUGCCGAUGGCUUCUUCGUCUACGCGGGAUGUCUCAGUGCCGCUGGAGAGGGAGCCAAAAUCCUUCGCACCAAGACCAACAUAGAGGUGCUACAGAUGGACGUAACAAAAGAUGACGACGUCGAGGCUGCAUAUGAAACCGUGGAGAGAACUCUUGGCAAAAGAGAGCUGUGGGCGGUUGUGGCCAAUGCUGGCGUACCGAGUCUCGGCUACAUUGAGUGGCAACCCAUGAGCCGGAUACAGUACGUGUUCCAAGUGAAUACCUUCGGUGUGGUCCGAGUCGCAAGGGCAUUCCUGCCACUCAUGCGCAAGACUCCGGGCAGCAGGCUUGUCAUCGUCACCAGUCUUUUAGGACGAAUGUCAAUGCCUGCAUCGAUGACCUACUGCAUGUCGAAGCACGCUUCCACAUCGCUGGCGGAUGCCCUUCGCCGCCAAUACUACGACAGGGGUGUGCACGUGAGCACAGUUGAGCCAGGUGCAUACAGGACUCCCAUGGCCAACCACGACACCAUGGCGGAGACACUGCGCAAUGACCUGAGCCUCUUGCCACCUCGCGUGCGCAGCGGCAUAAGCGACCACUCCCUGGGAAGUCUGCGCAAGUCGUCCGACACUCUGUACUCGUCCAUCAUGAGGGACGACUCGCAAGAGGCCGUGGACGUCAUGAAGUCGGCCGUGCGAGACCUCAUUCCCAAGGCCUACUACAGGGCCGGCGGACUCAAGGACAUUCUCCUGCGCCGGCUGUACGAGGUGGCACCGGCAGAAGUGACGGACGAAGUGGUCCACAUGAUCCGCAAAGUUGCCCGGGCUGCGAGGCGCAAAGCAUAGA